AUGUUAUCGCUUGUCUUUGCGUUGGUUCUGCCUAUUCUCGGCUCGUUCGUUCUGGGGUUGUCCCUCGACGACGUGAGAAGCGAACUCGGACCUCAGCUAUCUGGUUCAGCCGUGGUCUCCGAAAACGGGCGAGAUUUUGCGAGAUGGAGUGACUAUCAUGCUCCUACCGCUGGAGUAGUUGUUACCGUGGCUUGUGAGCAGGACGUGGCCGUGACGGUGCAAUAUUGCAUUGAACAUGAAAUUCAGUUCUUAGCCCAAGCUGGAACCCAUGGGUUUACUACUACGAUUGAUCUAGAUGAUGACGGGAUUCUUAUCAAUCUUAGGCAGUUAAACUCGGUCACGUUCAAUGACGAUAAAACAGAGGUCACCGUUGGAGGUGGUGCUCUGAUCUCUGAAGUAAUCGAGGCUGCCUCAUCUAACAAUACCCUGGUUGCAACUGGCAACUGCAACUGUGUUGGUGCUGUCGGUGCCAUCCUUGGUGGCGGCUACGGCAGCCUAAUGGGCCUAUAUGGCUUUGGUGUUGACAAUGUUCUAUCACUUAACGUCGUCUCUGGGGACGGUGUUCUUAAGACGGUCACAUUUGGGGACGACCUCUUUUGGGCUCUCCGAGGUGCUGGCCCUAAUUUUGGCAUUGUCACCUCCGCAAGAAUGAAAUCGUACCCGAGAGAGCCAUCUAAACAAUAUGCCUGGGUAGGCGCGCUUACGUUCACGGGAGAUAAGAUUGAAGCAGUCGCCAAGGCAAUUAGUGAGAUUACCCUAACAGCAGAGAUGAACAUUUAUAUGUUUUUUUUGGACGCUCGUGCUCCUGACAAAAAGCCAACUAUAAUACUCACUCCCUGGUACUAUGGCACUGAGGCUGAAGGACGAGCUGCUUUUGCCUCCGUUAUUGAUAUUGGUCCUACACUCAAUACAAUGGCUGAAACCCAUUAUACUCACUGGAAUGAUGGCUCUGAGAGCGCCUGUAUCAAGGGCGGCCGCAAACCGUCAUAUGCUGCCGGUCUUGCCGAAAUUGUGCCCGAGACGUGGAAACAGGUCUGGGAUGAAUAUGUAUCAUGGGUUUCAUCAAAUGACGGAAGAGCCCGCAAUAGCACUGUUAUACUGGAAGCCUACUCCAUGGCCAAAGCUGGGUCAAUUGCAGAUAGCUCUUCAUCGUUUCCAUGGAGAAGCCGUCUCAAGUUCAACGCUCUCAUAUUUCCCUGCAAACGCACCCGCAGUCUGCUGCAAUCGACCAGUGGUCUUUAUCCUCCAGCUACGUAUGUAAAUUUUGCCCAUGGUGAUGAAGAUCUCUCAGAGAUAUAUGGCCAUAACCUUCCCCGGUUACGGGAGAUCAAAGCAAAGGAAGACGAGUACAAUAUCUUCGACCAGUCGUUUUACCUCGGGCCUAGCUAUUGA